UAUAUGCAUUUGAAUGUACAAAACCAAACCAAAAAAAAAAAAAAGGAAAAAUAAAAAAUAUCAUCUCUUGAUCUCUGAUCUCUGUACCUUCGCGAAGAAGAAAGAAAACAAUGAAAGACCUUGUUUCACAAUCCUUUAUCACAAACCCUCAAAUCAAGACGGCCGGAGAUGAAGAAAACGAGGUGGUUUUGCUAGCCGUGAGGAUAGCCAAUGCGGCUGCCUUCCCCAUGGUCCUGAAAGCGGCUCUCGAGCUCGGUCUCUUCGACAUUCUCCACUCCACGGCCGAGGGUUCGUUCCUUACUCCUGCGGAGAUAGCUUGUCGGCUUCCGACCAGACCUCGCAACCCCGAUGCCCCGACCUUGUUGGACCGGAUGCUCCGCCUUCUCGCCAGCUAUGACAUCGUGGCGUGCCGCACGGUCCACGCCAGAGACAAGGAUAUGGUCGGAGAGGUCCAGAGGGUUUAUGGGUCCAAACCCAUCUGCCGGUUCUUCCUGACCAGUAAUCAAGAACUGGGCUCCCUUGCUUCACAAGUCCUGGUGCAUCACGACCAAGUCUUUCUGAGCACCUGGACCCAUUUGAAGGACGUGGUACUAGAAGGAGGAGAUGCGUUCAGCCGGGCACACGGUAUGAAACUCUUCGAGUACAUGGGAACGGACCAAAGAUUCAGGAAGAUAUUUAACCAAUCCGGUUGUAGCACCCUGAUGAUGAAGAGGCUGGUCGAAGUUUACAAAGGUUUCGAAGGUGUCGAGGUGUUGGUCGAUGUCGGGGGAGGAAUUGGUACGGCUCUCGGAAUCAUUACGUCAAAUUAUCCCAACAUGAGGGGUAUCAAUUUCGACAUACCUUGUGUUAUACCUCUCGCUCCAAGCUACCCUCGCGUAGAGCACGUGGCCGGGGAUAUGUUUGUAGAUGUCCCGAAAGGGGAUGCCAUAUUCAUGAAAAGGAUAAUUCACGAUUGGACCGAUGAAGACUCCGUGAAGAUUCUUAAAAACUGUUGGAAGGCGCUGCCGGGUAAAGGCAAAGUGGUAUUGUUUGAGAUAGUCACACCGACGGAAGCAGAGAGCGGCGACAUAUACGCGAAUAUUUCCUUCGAUAUGGACAUGUUGAUGUUCGCGCAUUGCUCGGGAGGCAAAGAGAGGGAUCGAGCCGAGUUCGAAGCUUUAGCAGCGGAUGCGGGUUUCGCCCGUUGCGAGUUCGUGUGUCGGGUCUACCAUUGUUGGGUUAUCGAGCUCCACAAAGAUGCAAUAAACGCUUAAAACGUUAACCGUUUGUAAAAUUCGGGGUUUCUCCCCUUCUAUCCUAUCUUUCUGUUGCCCUUCUCGUUUUACAUUGUUGUAAUCCAAUGAAAGUUGGCACAUUUACAUGCAUGUUUAUAUAUUUGACGGACCAAGUUUUAUUUGUUGUC